UUGCGAAAAAGACAGAGAGAUCAGAGCAGCCGUCAGUACGGCUCCAACAUUACCGGAGAGUAACAAGAGCAGUCACCCAAUACGCUUUUAUUGUCGUGUUUCGCUGGGAAUAUCUGGUGGGACUGUUAGCGGGACUCUUUUUUUGGGGGUUCAGCUCAGUCAAUCCUCCGCCGCAAUGAGUGUGAGCGUGACUUCGGAGAAAGUGUUUUUGACGGCGCUGCAGCCCAACUCGACCGUGAGUACUUACGCGGUACCGUCCGAAAACGAGCUCUCGCACGGCGGUACUCUCGCCAAAGAGGACUCCAAAUUUAAACGCGUGCACCAGCAGGUGUCCAUGAGACUGGCAGAGAAAUCCACUCUCCCGCGCCAGAACGGCUCUUCGUCACAAUACGCAGCCUCAGAGUCUGGGAAUUACUCAUCGAUGACAAAAUAUCAGACCCAAAGCUUCACCCCAAAUUAUAGCUCAAAAUCCUUUGUCUAUUCCACAAGCAGACCAAUGGUGUCACAGCGUCCCACUCAGUACUCUAGAAGCGGAUACUCAUCCCGCUCUGCCGUUGAUUUCACCCCAAGAACCAAAAUUAGCUACACAGAAGGAGGUGGUGGUGGAGGCUACCAAGAAGACUUUGUGAGUGGUGGAUACCAGAGUGGUGGUUACCAGAGUGGUGGUUACCAGAGUGGUGGUUACCAGAGUGGCGGUUACCAAGUUGGUGCUGACCAGCAGCAAGUCAACGCAAUGACUCGUUCCUUCAGCCGAAUAGGGGGCGACCAAGAUACCAUGUCGGUGCAUUCCAUGCGUGUAUCGUCCAUUCCACGGCAGGCUAUUUCUUCCUGGGUGGGACAAGACGACAGUGAUGGCAGUCUUGUUUCAGAACGCGAUGCUACAUAUGUGCAACAAGCGCCCACCCGCAACAUGAGCAACGGCUACACCACCAGCACCUACCCACGCCAGUCUGUGUACUCAUUGUCCAGAAUGAAUGGCUAUGACAGCGAACAGCAGCAGCAGGUCAGUUCGAUGACUCUACCGUCCAUGCGAAGCUCCCUCAGUGGAACGCUCAUGACUAACGGUGGAAGCGGCAUGGAACAGGAAGUUUACACUCGUUCUCAGUCCUUCAAAGGCCCAGCCCACCGUACCAUCAGCCGAAUCAACAAUCGGCAGCAGAGUCGUGUAUGCACUGUUUCACCUAGCACGUAUGGUAGCGCUGGAGGUGCUUAUGGUGGUUCCCAGAGCAACCUAGCAAUGAUGCAGCAGGGAAGACUGUCGCGUGCGGGCUCCGUGAGGAGUAUGCACAGUGUUGGCAGGGGCAAGGAUGUGUUUGACGGCAUGGAUAUGAGUGGCAGUAUGGGUAACCUGAGCGGACUUGACAGUCUGGAUAUACCUACUGCCAUAAACUAUCUAGAUCAGCCUGAUCCAGAAAUGCAGGUGCUGGGAGCUGCCUACAUCCAGCAUGAGUGCUACAGUAACAACGACGCAAAGAAACUGGUGAACAAGUUGAAGGGAGUUCCACGUCUAGUGCAGCUGUUCAACUGUGAGAACCAGGAGGUACAGCGCUAUGCGACCGGAGCCACCAGAAACCUCAUCUACGAGAACAUGGAGAACAAAAUGGCCCUCAUUGAAGCCGGCGGGAUCCCCAAACUCAUUGAAUCUCUGAAAGACCAAGACGAUGAACUCCGAAAAAACAUCACAGGUAUUCUGUGGAAUCUCUCCUCUAAGGAUAACCUGAAAGUAAAGUUGGCGAAGGAAACUCUUCCUGAAUUAACGGACAAGAUUCUGAUUCCCCUUUCGGGCACCGGAGAGAAGGAAAUCAUUGAGCUGAGCCCUUCAGAAAAAGACAUCUUCAUCAACACCACUGGCUGUCUCAGGAAUCUGAGCUCAGUGAACGAGAGUACCAGACAGCAAAUGAGAGAGAUGCCUGGCCUUAUAAAUGCUCUGGUUGAAUAUGUUCAGAACUGCUUGGUUGACAGUAAAGUGGAAGAGAAGGGUGUGGAGAACGCUGUGUGUGUGUUGAGGAAUCUGUCUUAUCAACUGUACAGUGAGAUCCCCCCAUCAGCACUAGCUCGGUUGGAGGGUCCGAGUCGCGCUCAAAGCUCUUCAAAAGGAGAAGCCAUCGGCUGUUUCACACCUCAGAGCAAGAAGGCCAAAGAUAGGCAAAAUCAGGACCUCACUACAUUCAAAGAGGUGUCACGGCUGCCCAGUGAAAUAGAGUGGCUCUGGCACCCUAAGAUAGUUGAGCUGUACAACCAGGUGCUGCAACGCUGUGAGAUCAACAGCGUCACACGAGAGGCUGCAGCUGGAGCCCUGCAAAAUAUCACCGCUGGAGACAAGAGGUGGGCAUCCAUCUUGAGUCGCGUAGCAUUGGAGCAACAGAGGAUGUUGCCUGUCAUUUUGGAUCUUCUCAGGACCAACAGUGAUCUAGAACUCCGUUCUCUCACUGGGUUCAUUAGAAACCUCUCCCGUCAUGCCAGAGACAAGAACGACAUGGCCUCAAAGGUGGUUAAUCCAUUGGUCAGUAAGCUUCCCAUCGACGGCCGCUCGAAGGACCCAUCGAGCGAUGUGGUUAUAAACAUAUGCGGUGCCCUGAACAACCUGGUGACCAGCAGCAGUGUGGCGGCACGAGACAUCACCCACUUUGAUGGCCUGCCCAAGCUGAUGGGCAUCAAGGCUAUCCACGACAGCAGUCCUGGCAAACUGAAAGCAGCCAAAGCAGCGGCAACGGUGCUAACCAACAUGUUCCAGUACAAGAAGCUACACAAAGAUUACAGAGAUAAAGGGUUCAAGAAAGAAGAUUUUGCUGAAAUGGGCUUCUGAAUCAGACUUUUGCUGGUUGAAUAAUACAUCAUCUAUCAUAGAGUGUAAUAAGAAGACUUUAAAAAAGACAAUAGUACAGAUAACUCUCAAUUCUGCCAUAGAAAACGGACAACCACACCUUCAACAUUAUGAAAUGUUCGGAAACAUGUAAAUGUGUAUAAAACAUACAAUACUUUAUUGCUAUAGCAUGCACCUUAAGCAAUUACCUAUACAGCCUUUUUAAAAACGUUUUUAUUUAGCAAUUUUUUCCCCAAAACUCCUCAGGGAUUUAUUGCAUUGUAUGUCGUUUUUUUUUUAUUAUUAUUUUUACAGUUUUUAUUUUAUUCAGUUUUUUGGAGGUUUCAUGCAUUUAUACAGUAGGAAUUCUGGGAAGUCAGUCACUCUUUUUGAUUGAGAUAUAUAUACAUAUGUGUGCGUGUGUGUGUGUGUGUGUGUGUGUGUGUGUGUGUGUGUGUGUGUGUGUGUGUGUGUGUGUGUGCAUGUGUUUAUAUAUAUAAAAUAUUAGGUAUUUGUAGACAAAAUAGCUGUAUUAUGCUGGUAGAACAAGACAUUUUAACAGAAAAAAAUUGGAAUUAUAAGGUUAUAGAUGACAUGAGAAGACUGUCAUUUAUUUUACACACAGAUGUAAACACAGGCUGGACAGAUUCAUGCUGUUAAUCAGCCUGCUUUUCUUAACAAAUCUGCUUAUGUUUUACUAGUCUGUUUAAAAUCUAUUGGGAUUUCUGUAUUUUUGGUACUUUGUUGUAAUGCAGUAUGUACAUUUUUUUUUACAUUUUUUUGCAAAUAAUGUAUCAUUAUUUCAUGUGCAAAUAAUGAUUUGAGUUUUAUUUUCAUAAUGUUGGAUUAAGACACAGUAUGAAAAAAUACCAUGCAGAUCUUUGAACGUAACAGUUGUGUGUGGUUGCUUUAAAACCCACACAAAUGGUUAACACAAAGAGUGCCGCAUUGCAUGCAACAUUAAGUCACAUUAAGAUUGUUUAAAUCGCUGUAAUAUACCAAAUUAAUAUCGUUUUUCCAAUAUGCAAUUCGAAGAGCAAUCACAAAACUACUCUAACUUAGCAAGAACAUGCACAUCAUUGAUGUUGUCACAUUUUCAAGAUAAUACAAAUUGUCUAAUUUUUCAUAAUUGGAUAUGGUGCAAUGUGUGCACACAUGUAGUGUUAAUUUUUUGGAUAAAAAAUUUUUGUGUUUCUAUUCACAUGUUGAAUGUUCGGUUUGGGUUGGUAUGUUUUCAAUUUAUAUUUAAGCCGGUGUGUAUGCAACAUAAAAUUGUCAGUUGUCAGACUCUUAUGAUGAUUUGCAAACUUGCAAUAUGUGGGAAAUACUUUUACAGUAUGAUGAAUUAAUCCUGCAGAGAGGUCUGGCACUUUUUGGUCUUGAAGAAUGCACAGAAUGUUCCCUACAAAUCCUUUGAUCAUUCUCAGAUGUCCAGUGUAUUUUAUAUCUCAACUUGAAUUUCAUUGUAAAAUGCAUGUGUCAUAGGUCUAUAUAGUCAUAUAAAAACACAAUAAAAGCAAAUAAAUUUUAAA